CCGUCUAUGAAACACUUUGGAGUUGAAGCUACAGAGUGUUUUACGAUCGGUGACAAAUAAGUGAUGCUUGGGUUAUUUGACUCCUGCAUUGAAACUGCAGAAAGCGAAGAUUCCAAUGCAGGCAGGCCAGGACGGGGACACGGCCGGAGCGCCGCAACUGCUGGUGUCAGCCUGCAGCCCUCCAUCGGUGAGAAGAGCUCCGCACCGCCGGCCCUCGCUGUUCCUGUGGGACAGCCUCCAAGUUCCGUCUGCCAAUAAAGCUUGAAUUCAUCAAUCCCUCGGUUGGUUCCUCUCCUUUGUGCCGUCGCUCUUUCCUAGGGUACGUGUCGAUCAAACCAAUAAAUAUGUAUUGAACACCCUUCCUGUGUACCCAGGGAUCUGAUCGCUCUGAGGUCACACAGCCCCAUGAAGGUGCGUGACCAACCGCCACGUGCUCAGGGCAGCGCCACGAGCCGGGAGGCCGGGAGGCCAGGAGGCCGGGGCAGCCCGUGCCGCUUCGUGCAGGGCGCAGAUUGGGCUCAGCUGUUGCCAGGAGCGCAGCGGCACGGUUUCCGUGCGAGGCCGUGGAGGGGGGUAAAGCGCGUCAGCGCCUUAGCUGCCUUCUCGGAGAAAACAGCGCUUAUCCUGAGGGGUUGAUGCGCACCGACUCCAGCGCGCCUCACAAUAAAGCUGUGUUUCACGAGCCCGUCGCCCGGCUCUGCGGUUCGCGCGCUGCUCGUUUCCUUCCGAGCUCGGGGCCGGGCUCUCUCCCCGCCGGAGCGCUCGCCUCCUCCGUGAACGCCCGCGAUCCUCCUGGCACGCGAGGCCAGGGGAGAUGCGGCGAGGCGCGGGGCGCGUUUCCAGCUGCUCCUCCGCCGGGAGACAGCCAGCGGCACGCGCCCCUCGCCUUCCUCGAGCGGCCCGCGCGGCGCCAUGCAGAGAGGCCGGGUGCUGACGGCGCUGCUGUGCGCGGCGCUGCUCCCGCUCGGCUCGGACGCCGCCAAAGCGCCCAAACGCCCGGCCCGGCCCCGGAGCUGCGGCGAGCGGCCCGAGGAGCUGCUGGAGCAGCUGUACGGGCGGCUGGCGGCCGGCAUGCUCGGCGCCUUCCACCACACCCUGCAGCCCGAGCCGCCCGAGCCGCCCGGCCGCCAGCGCAACGCCAGCUGCCCCGCGGGGGCCCGGCCGGGCGGCGACAAGAGGUUCCGGCUGCCCGUCAACCUGCGCAGCGCCUCGCCCUGGGCUUACAGAAUUUCAUAUGACCCCACAAGAUACCCUAAAUACAUUCCCGAAGCAUACUGUCUGUGCAAGGGCUGCCUGAUGGGGAUCUUUGGCGAGGAGAAUUUUCACUUCCGCAGCACCCCCGUCUACAUGCCCACCGUCAUCCUCCGCCGCACCUCCUCCUGCGCUGGGGGCCGCUAUGUGUACACGGAAGACUACGUCACCAUCCCAGUGGGCUGCACGUGUGUGCCUGAGCAAGAAAAGGAGGCCGAAAGCGUAAAUUCCAGCAUAGACAAGCAAGAAAUGAAGUUGCUGGUAAACCAGAACAAGCCGUCGUCGGAAUGAAGAAUAUAGGAGUCGUCUGUGCGUUAUUGGCUUCACGUCACUAUUUCACCACCUCAGCAAACUGCGCGCAGCAGAGAAACGCAUCAGAUUAUGCUGCUUCUCUGCUUACAGUUAUUUCAGUUAUAGGAUGGAAAAUUCUGUUCAGUUGCUCAGAUCGUUAGCGAUGACAAUUCAUAUUAAGAACUUCUGUAGCUCAAGUGAGUAUUUCUCGCAAAUUCCAGUAUAGCUUUUUUCCUUUCCUUAGCAUGGAACAUUUUAUCCGUACUUAUUCACAGUAAAUUUUAGGAGAUGAUGCAAUAGUCAGAAAUGCUAGCUAUUGCUAUAGCAGACUGCUGGUUGUAGAUAUUAUUCAGGAAUCACUUAUACUCUACUUUUAAAUACUUUUAUAUAAAGAUCACAUAGCUUUUGUCCGGAUGCCAAAACAUCAGUUAAAAAUACAAUU